GGAGAAUGGAAGCUGGCCUCGAGGCUGUGCCUGGGAUAAGUACCCCGCAGUUGGAGCCUUCUUCCCGUGUUAAGCACCAUCCGUCUGUACCUACAGAUCCGUGCUGUACUGUAAAGUCCCUAAUCCAUACGUACUACUGUACAACUAUAAGUGACACAACCUCCCGAUUCGGACACUUUACUUGAGCUUUCCAGUUGUGAUAACUUAAUCCCUCGUCAGAACAUGCACAGGCUCGAUACGUUGCUCCAAUGGGCUGCUGAAGGGGGAGUCAAUAUGAACGGCAUCAAGCCAGUCAGUAUUCCAGGCCGGGGAACUGGGGUUGUGGCGGAGCGCCGCAUCGAGGCCGGUGAGGUUGUUUUGACCGUGCCGACAAAUGUGAUGCGCAGUCUCAAUUCGGUUCCAUGCUCCAUUGUCCAGAAAUUACCGGCUUUAUGGUCCAUACACAGUUUUCUGGCUAUUGAUUUGACUCUCAAUGAUGUUGCAGCGCCAUGGCGGGCCCUACUUCCAAAUUUAAAUGACUUUAAAGAUUGUAUUCCACUGUUAUGGCCAGAGCAGUUGCAAGCCCUUUUGCCGCGGCCGGCAAUCGACUUGGUUGCCAAGCAGCGGGCGAAGAUACAGUCACAAUGGAAAGUCGUCCAUGAAGCUUUCCCGACCAUGGUGUAUCAUGAGUACCUAGAAUCGUGGCUUAUCAUCAAUUCGAGAACUUUCUACCACCUGACACCCGAAACGGAGAAGUACGAGUGGGAAGAAAGAUUAGCCCUGCUCCCCAUAGCCGACCUUCUGAACCAUGCCGAGACCGGAUGUCAAGUAUUAUACGAUGCUGAUGAGUACACUCUCACAACGGCUAAGGUGUACGCUACUGGUGAAGAAGUCAAUAACUCGUAUGGAGAACAUCCCAAUGACUUCCUUCUAGCUGAGUACGGAUUUAUAUUGACAGAGAAUCCCUACGACGAAGUGUGCAUUGAUGAUGCUAUUUUGCCACAUCUGAGCGAGGAUACCACGGAAACUCUCCGCAAUAUGAAUCUCAUGGGCAAUUGGAAGUUGCAGAGAGGACACGGGCCGUGCCCUAGGACAAGACGUGUGUUGCGACUAAUGGAGCAUGUGCAAAGAGGAACGUGGAACAAUGCCAGUGACGACGAUGAUGCGUCGGGAUAUCCUGACAGGACGGAUAAGACACUGCUUCAUAAGAUACUGAUACCUUACGCAAGCCGAGUCGCAGAAAGAAUCAGCGACAUAAACAAUCUUCACGUUGGGCAGUGCAACCAGCGCGAACUCCUCUUGCAGAGAUGGACUCAGAUUCAAAUUGUGUUAGAGCAGAUGGUGCUCUAAUACGAGGUUCUGGAAUCCUGAACAACUCGAUAGAACUAAUCUCAAAGAACGUGAUUCUUAAAACAGCUUUAGAACUUUAUGUUAUCCACAUCGUCGCUUCUAGCUUAAGGUUUGUGUUGCACCUCCAAUCGACGAGGAAGUC